AUGCAUGAAAAACUCUAUUCGGCAACUUACUCUGGAGUCCCCGUAUACGAAUUUAUACAUCCGAAAUCGUCGGUCAUGAGGAGGAAAGUCGAUGGGUGGGUCAAUGCCACCCAUAUUCUCAAAGUGGCCAACUUCCCCAAGGCAAAGCGGACGAGGAUAUUGGAGAAGGACGUCCAGACAGGUGUUCAUGAGAAGGUCCAAGGUGGUUAUGGAAAAUAUCAGGGAACGUGGGUUCCCCUAGAGAGGGCGAUGGAAAUUGCAAACCAAUUUGAAGUUCUAAAUGAACUAGACCCAGUCUUCCAAUACGUAUCAAAUGGUGCAGAGACCCCCCCACCAGCUCCAAAACACCACCAUGCCACAACUAUCAAUGGAACGAGGAAACCAAGAACUACAAAGGCACCGAAACCUCCUAAUUUUGGGACAACCUUACCAACAAAGGGACGUAGGAAAAGGAAGGAUACUGUCUUAGACACUGAUACUAACAGUGUAACGAAGUCACGUCAAAAGAAACGCGGGAAGAAGGCAGACCUGUCCAUCCAUACUCCGUCAAAUACCUUUACCGAUGUCAAUAUGGUGGUAACACCAACAUCCACAUCCAGGGAGUCUUUUGACUCAAAGAGAAUGCUAAAGGCACCAAGUCAUUCUCAAAGUAUCACUAAUGAUUUGACCAUGCUAGAAAAUGAUCUGGAUGACGAAUUUGCUCACGACGAUAACCACCACCACAACAACAUUAUUCAAAACUAUAAUAAUAUGAAUAACAAUAAUAAUAAUAAUAAUAAUAAUGAUGAUGAUAAUAACAAUAAUAAUACUACUACCACUAAUAAUAAUAAUAAUAACGGCAACAGAAACAGGCUCAAUAAGUUUGAUUAUCACAGCGAUUUAAACAGAAACUCGAUUCAUUUCGGUAAUAGCCUAGUAGCAGGGUAUCACGACAAUGAAAAUAAAACCGAAAACACAAGGCCGAGCUCUUCCUUCUAUUCACAAUUCCACGAACCAUCCACUGCGGAGUUUAUGUCCGAGCAAGAUUUGGAUAAAGCAUUGGCGAAUUCCGAAACUUACGGUAAUGAGGUGAAGAGUAGGUUCCCCUUGACAAUGACACCAAUACAACCGUCGUCACAGCCCUUUCUGGCAAUGCUUGAUAGAUCUUAUGUGAAGACUCUCUAUAAAUAUUUUACAGAGCUCGAGACCAAUCCAAAUUGUGAGAUGCCUGAUUUUGUUACUCACGAUUACGACGAUUUCAACAUUGAUCAACCUAUUGAUAACCAGGGCAAUAAUCUAUUACACUGGGCAUGCUCGAUGGGAGACGUGAAAAUGUGUGAAGUUUUACUCAAGCGAAACUGUAAUGUUCAUAUACUCAACAAUCGAGGAGAGGAGCCGAUUAUUCGAUCAGUCAUGUAUGCCAACUGCUACACCAGAAGGACGUUUAGCAAGCUACUAGAUCUAUUGGGCGAUUGCUUGUUAGAUAUUGAUCUGAACGGCCGGACCAUUUUGCACCAUAUAGCCAUUGCAACUGGCGACAAAAACAAUCUACCAUCUUCCAGAUAUUACACCGAGAUACUCUUGAUAAAAAUUGCGGAAAUAGUCAAGUCGAAUGACUUAUUCAGGGAGUUCAUUGAUAAGCAAGACAUUGAUGGGAACACCGCGUUGCAUAUUUUCAGUUUUAACAAUGCUUCCAAAUGUAUUAAAAUAUUACUAGGUUACAAUGCAAGGGUGGAUCUAAGAAACCGGUUCAACGAUCAGGUUGGUGAUUAUUUAACAGAAAAUUUUAGGAAUGACACUGUGGAAUUCCAUGAGAAUGGGGCAAGCUUGAAUCAGAAUUAUGAAUCAUUCAGUUUACGACCUUUUAAACCGUCGUUUAAUGCACCAAUUGAUAAAUCUGUGUCGACCAACCAGCGUGGAACUGGCGAUUCCUACUUGGAACCAUUUCAGUCUCAGUAUUAUCAUUACCAUCACACCACUCCUCACUACCAACAACCAUCAUAUACUCCAACAAGCUUAUUGAAUUUGAAAGAGUCAACCACCCUCAAUACUUCACAUGUGAGUACUACGUCAAUGAAAAUGAAUCAAUUAAAUUUUGAGGUUUUCCAGAAACUCAACGAAUUAUCUACAUCGUUUGACAAUGAAAUCAUUCAAAAAAACGACGACCUCAAUGAGCUAAACUCAAUUGUUUCUCAAAUGGAUGAUGAUAUCACAAAUACAUCGAACGAAAUCAAAAAGUUGCUGUCUGAUGUGUUUGGUUUGGAGGCCAAUGAGAACAAUGAUCAAAGUUUCCAACAAGUGGAUGAACAGCUUUCGACGAUUUCAUCAGACUAUGAGGCAAAAUGCAAGCUAUUAAAGAGGUUGAUUGAUCGUUCUCAAGCCAUGAAGUUGGCUAGGAUCGUCCAAGAGUAUGAAAACGAAAGCUUAUCUCAAAUUUCACAAACCUCCAAUUCAGAAGGCAAGCGAUCAUCUCCACCAGCGGAUCUACCUGACGCCGUUCUCAGAUCAUUGAUUGAUUUGGCGAGACAGCAAAUUAUACGUAAGAAAUCAGUGAAGAUAUUUGUCAAUGUACAAUCCAAAUGCGAUGAUGAACUUAAAAUGGAGCGAUUGGGCAAUUAUAGAAGACUUGUAUCCAAACUGUCGAAUAUGCCAAUUAGUGAAGUUGAUUCAAGUUUAAACAGCAUUGAAGAGUGCCUCAUCCGUGAUAGAGAUGCAACUUCUUAA